AUGAGAAGCAGCACGAGCCGCGCUGCCCGCCUGACGGCGCUGCCCUCCAUCGGCACCUCCUCGGCUUCUUCCUCGGCGCCUUCGGCCACUGCCCUCUUCCUGCACCAUCAGCGGCGCACGUACGCGGCCAAGGCCAAUGCUCGGAAAUGUGGCGAAUUUAAGAAGGACAUGUUCGGGCACCACACCAUCAAGGUCGAUGAUGGGCACCUGCUGGUCCUGCCCUCGACUCGCACCCUCAAUCCCUUCGCCCGCCCGAGCGUGUACAAGGUCGACACCACAAAGGACGAAUGGCACUGGGAGGAGAAAUCGGUGAGCGCCCCGUUCCCACAGACCGGGCCGCGUGGGCACCUCUUCGGCCAGCAGCUCAUCGUCGCGGGCACCCUCACCACCCUCGGCCCCUUGAAGAGGAAGGGCAUGGUUACCUUGGACAUGAAGGACUUCACGACGUCGCGGGUGACCAUGCUCGACCCGGCAUCGCAGAAGGCCACCAAGACGGUGAACAUGACCAACUUCGUGUCGGAGGCCACCCACAACCCUGACAAGGUGUGGUUCUUCGGCGAGAACUAUCUCAACGCCAAGAACGAGAACGCCUCCUGCGAGGUGAUGGUGUGGAACAAGGGUAACAACACGCUCUACUCGGCCACGGCCAACACACUCCCCAUCGUGGGCGAUGGACCCAAGGAGAAGAAGGAGCUCGCGGUGGCUGCCGUGGGCAAGGACAAGAUCUACGUCAUCUCGCCCGACAUCAACAGCACCAAACUCGAGACCUACGUUCUCGACACCGAGCGGCUGGAGUGGUCGUUGGUGAAGACGAAGGGCGAUAAGCCCGUGAACCCGCGCGCUGGCUUCUCGAUCACCGCCUCUGGUGACAAGCUCGUCUUCCUGGGCUACGACAUGUCGCUCAGCGACAAGCUGAUGGAAGUCUACGUUCUCGAUACUGACACGUCAACGUGGGAGAAGGUGGAGUACGCCGUGAUCGGCGGCAAGGGCUACGGCUACUUCUCCACCUCUGUCAAGGACUUCUUCAAGCUCCAACUCGACUUCUAG